UCCUUUUAAGAUCUCCUACAACACACAUAAGGAAAAAUGGUCAAUUAAUGAGCUACUGACCAUGUGUGUUCAGGAGGAGGAGAGGUUGAUGAUGGAAGAGGGUGAACGGGUGAACUUGACUGUUCAUGAAAAGAAAAGGAAGGAUCAUGCCAAAGGUAAAGGCAGCAUCCCUCCACAGGCAGUCAUUAAGAAAGAGUCAAAGUGUUUCUUUUGCAAGAAAAAGGGACACAUGAAGAAAGAAUGCUCUAAAUUCAAGAGCUGGCUCGAAAAGAAAGGGUAUGGAAAACCUAAGGAAACCAGUGGCAAGUGAACAAUGCAUCUAUUCAGGAGGAAGAAUAAGUUCACAUGUUGAAGCCAUUGGGACAUGCAAUUUAGUUUUAAGCAGCGGUUUUAUUUUACAAUUGGAAAAGACCUUUUAUGUUCCUAGUUUUUCGAAGAAUUUAAUUUCUGUUUCGAGACUAGCUCCUUUAGGAUUUUGUUUCAAUUUUUCAAGUACUGG